AGUCAGUGAAGUCGAGGAUCCAAGUGCUUAGGGGCUACACCUGCAGCUUGCGAUUGGAAGUUUCAGCCAAACUCAGACUUUGAACGGCGGUGCAGUGACUCUGACAGACUCCUGGGGCAUCAUUGGCUGCAACUCCAAACACAAGGAGGGACAGCAAACCCGGUACAAUUCCCAGUGCGUGGAACACCCGUAAUGAGUUCAAACAAAUGGUGCAUCUCAAUGCAUUGUGUCCUAAACCUUUAGCAUCGUUCGAAGUCAUGACACAGUGAGAAGUUUGAGUGAUAUACAAUUAGAUGCAGUUCGAAGAAAGCAAAAGACUACUUCUAGCUCCAGAAACUUUGAAAAGCAAGCACGCCUGUUUCGCUCAUACAAUAGAGGCAUACAUAGAAUGUAAAGUACAGAACAAAACAAUGGAUGUGGGCAUGUCAGGACAGGUGGAACUACCAGAUGAAAAGCUUGCUGAAUCUGAAGACAAAGGUUUCAAAAAGAAGAACAGCUGCUGUUUCAGAGCAGUAGGGUGUAGGUUUAAGGGAGGGAAAUCAAAUAUUCAGCAACAUGAGACUGGAUGUGUUGGACAGCACCUUAAUCUUUUAAUGGAUGAAGUCAUGACACUGAAUCAGAAAGCGAUUUCGGUCAAUCUUCAACCAGAUAUGUCAAGAAGUGUAAUGGAAUUUGAGACCGAAGCUAGCAAAGUUCAGUCGAGGAAUGUAAACUUUCAGAAAGAGCAUCAAAUAAAUGAAGUUGGUAAAGAAAUGCAACAAUACUGCAAGCUCAUUGAAGAAACAAAACAGUGUGUCACAGUUGUUGAGACAAAAUUAACUGCAUUUAAUGAUACACUCACUGCAUUAUCAAGAAAGGUUGACACAUGCUCAAGAAUUGCUGCUACUGUAAAUGGACAAAUACAGCUCAAUAACCAACAGUUUAAUGACGUUGAAGACAAGCUGACAAAUGUUGCAUCUAGAUUGUGUCGAACAGAGCAGGUUAUACAAAAGACUGCAGCACAAAUGAUGGCACUGGAAACGAUGACAGAGACAGGCAUAUUCAUCUGGAAAAUUCCACAAAUUAAGCAAAGGUUGGAAGAAGCUAUUGAUGGAACAACACCUUACUUGGAUUCUAGUGAAUUUUACCUUUGCAAAUAUGGGUAUAAGAUGUGUCUUCGAAUAUAUCUCAAUGGCCAUGGAGAAGCUCAAGGAUCAUAUAUUUCACUUUACUACAUUUUGCUCAAGGGACAGUAUGAUGCUUUGAUUCAGUGGCCUUUCAAAGAAAACGUAAGGAAACAUGGAACCACACAAGCUUGUUUCUAAAAGCUACAGUGGAGGAAUUCUUCUGCUAAAACUAUUAGCUGGAGGAAUUUCACCCCCAAUUUGUUUCAAUGUGAAAAUAUUAUGACUUACAAAUUUGAGUGUUCCCCAUCCAUCUGCAAAUGCAACCCAAUCUAGCAUCCAAUACUGUAAACAAUGCAGAAAAGUUGGUAUCCAGCGCCAAUGAUUGAAACUGGCAUUAGGCUGUUUACUAUACCUGGCUUUCAAAGCAAAGUGAUUUUCAUCCUGCAACCCAGGAAACUGGAAUGAUCCUUGGUGAAUAAAAACCAAACGAAUUGAUGCUGUAAAUCAGAAACAAAAACAGAAAAUGCUGGAAAAUCUCAGCAGGAGAAAGUGAGGACUGCAGAUG